AUGAACUUUUCUUUAAAAAAUAAUUCAAAUGACGAAGAUGACCUUAAGAAUCUCAUUAAAACUAGAGAAUAUUCGGAAAUUUCUGCGAUCAAAGUAGUUGAAUCUUGUCCAAUUAAUGAAACAAAUAGCAAAGGAAAAUUCGAGAAUUCAUCUUUUAAUUUCGACGUCAAAACUUAUGAAAAACAAUCAGAAACUCCCAUUCCUGUUCCCAAAACAGAUAAUCCAAAUCCAUUAACUGAAAAGUCCAAUGAAAGUUUAAAUCCAUCAGAAGUAAACCAUGAAUGGUAUUCACGAUUUGACACUGCUUGGUAUUUUUCAACCACCAACGAUAAUAAAGUGAUCAAAAAUAACGAAGCUGAAUCUGCAGCAAAUCCAAAAUCAAAUGAAAAAAAUAAUUACAAUUUGAGAAAACAACCAAACAACUCAAAUCGAUCAAAGCGUUUAAAAAAAUCUCACGAAUCUCAAAAAAUCAUGAGCCUCUUUGGAAGGUGUUUAAUUUCAAAUAGAAAAUCUGAAUGGGAAAGGCUCGUGGUUCGUGAAGAAACGGAUUAUGAACACGAUAAUUACGAACUUCAAAGUCAAGGUGAAUUGUUACCUAUCCUUAAAAAAGAUAGAGAGAAGGAACACACUCCUGAUGAAAAACGUAAUAAAAAAGAUACAUCAAUCAUUAUUCGUAAGGGAACUCCCAUCGCUAUUCGUCCAAACAUAUCUUAUGAAAGUCAUCAUUUGAAUCCUAAUAAAUUCUGGACAUGGAAAGGUACUAAUUCUUCAUCCGAAAAUUUAUUUGAGACCAUAAAUUAUGCAGAGUUUGAUGAUUUAUAUAUAAGUCAAAAAGAUUUUGAAGAGUCAAUUAGAACAAAAUUCACACAAUCGUCAACUCGAUUAUUAUUACCACGCGCAGCAACAAUUUUCCCUGCUAAUUUUCAACAGACACUGUUUCAGUCCACGUUAACUGGUAAUGCAAAGCAGCAUGCUGACAUUGACCACAAUAAAAUUCGACUUCAACGUUCUGAAAACCUAAAACCUCUUAUACCUAAUAAAGAUCUCGUGUUUGGAAGAGCGUUUACAGAUCAUAUGUUAACAAUCGAAUGGAAAGUGGAACAAGGGUGGUUUGAUCCAAUCAUUCAACCUUACGGGAAAAUCUCUCUAGAGCCUAGUGCUAUGGUGUUCCAUUAUUCUUUCGAAUGCUUUGAGGGGUUGAAAGCUUAUAAAGAUAAGAAUGGGGAAAUAAGGUUAUUUAGGCCAGACAUGAAUAUGCAAAGAUUUAAAAGAUCGGCCGCAAGAAUUACAUUACCGGAUUUCAAUGAAGGCGAAUUAUUAGAAUGUUUAAAAAAACUCGUUCGUCUCGAAGAACGUUGGAUUCCGGCUGAAAGAGGAUUUUCAUUGUACAUUCGUCCAACACUUAUUGGAAUUCAGACAACAUUAGGGGUUGGAGAAUGUUCACAUGCUCUUCUUUUCAUCAUUUGUUCCCCUGUUGGCCCUUAUUAUAAGACAGGUUUCAGUGCUGUUCAGUUGUUAGCUACAACUGAUUGUGUUAGAGCCUGGCCUGGUGGUACCGGAAACGCAAAGAUUGGUGGAAACUAUGCACCUUGUGUAAAACCUCAACUUGAAGCUGCCGAGAAAGGGUAUCAGCAAAAUUUGUGGUUAUUUGGUGAUGACGAUGAAAUCACUGAAGUUGGCACAAUGAACUGUUUCGUCCAUUUAAAAAAUGAACAGGGUGAAAAAGAACUCGUUACACCCCCAUUAGAUGGAACUAUUCUUGCAGGGGUGACUCGUGAUUCUAUAUUAAGCCUUGCGCGAUCAUGGAAUGAAUUUAAAGUGUCUGAGCGUAAGAUUACAAUGCUUGAAGUUAUAAAGGCUCAAGAAGAGGGUCGUUUAUUAGAAAUGUUUGGGGCAGGUACCGCAUGUAUUGUAAGUCCCAUAAAAGGGAUUCAUUAUCGUGGACGCGAUUUUAAUGUUCCCUUAGAUCCAAAUGAUACUUCUAGGGCUGCAGGGCCUAUUACUAAAAGAUUUGCUGAUAUAUUAAUGGGCAUACAAUAUGGAGAAAUUCCACACGAAUGGUCUGUGAUAGUACCCUAA